AUGUCGUCUGCUGCCAUGGACAAAGGUGCAGCGCCGGCGUUAAUCCUCCCGAAGAGAGAGGAAAAGUCGAAGUCACCAACGAAUGUCUCGAAUCCGCUCGACCCGUCGAAGCCGGCCAUCGCGACAAACGCCAAGUCAGCCUAUUUAUUUGAGAAGCCCGACACCUCUCACUGGGCACUCUCAGACUUUGAGAUGAAGAACACGCUCGGCACCGGGUCCUUCGGUCGUGUACGCAUAGCCCACCGCAAAGGCACGGACGAGUACUACGCGAUCAAAUGCCUGAAGAAGCGGGAGGUCAUCAAGAUGAAGCAGCAGCAGCACCUUGCACAGGAGAAGGGGAUCUUGAUGGAGGUGUCGCACCCGUUCAUCGUGAACAUGAUGUGCUCUUUCCAAGACGAGAAGAAGGUGUACUUUGUGUUGGAGUUCGUGAUGGGCGGCGAGAUGUUCACGCACCUGCGCACUGCAGGGCGGUUUCCUAACGAUGUGGCGAAGUUCUACCAUGCGGAGCUGGUGCUUGCGUUCGAGUACCUGCACUCGCUAGACGUGAUCUAUCGCGAUCUGAAGCCGGAGAACCUGCUGCUGGACAACAAGGGGCACGUUAAAGUGACGGACUUUGGGUUUGCGAAGAAGGUGCCCGACCGGACCUUCACGCUGUGCGGGACGCCAGAGUACCUUGCACCGGAGGUGAUCCAGAGCAAGGGCCAUGGGAAGGCGGUGGACUGGUGGACGAUGGGCGUGCUGCUGUACGAAUUCAUUGCAGGAUACCCGCCGUUCUACGACGACACCCCGUUCCGGAUCUACGAGAAGAUUCUUGCUGGGCGGCUGAAGUUCCCCAACUGGUUCGAUGGCCGCGCGCGCGACCUUGUGAAGGGGCUUCUGCAGACGGAUCACACAAAGCGUCUGGGGACGCUGAAGGGCGGGCCCGCGGACGUGAAGAACCACCCGUAUUUCCAUGGCGCGAACUGGGACAAGUUGUAUGCACGCUACUACCCCGCACCGAUCCCGGUGAGGGUGAAGAGCCCUGGCGACACGAGCAACUUCGAGAAGUACCCGGAUAGCCCGGUCGACCGCACGCCUGCAUUGACGUCGGCGCAGCAGGCUGAGUUCAAAGGCUUUUAG